UCUCUUCUCGGACGAACCGACGAUGCCGGGGACCGGUUAGAUGACCGAAGACACCGAAGAAGACUCUGGCCACGAAAGAAGUCAUGUAUAAAACCCGAGAGAAGAGUUCACCAGCAUCAGUCCGGAUCUAAACAUGAUCUCAAAAAGUGUCGCCAUCUUGAGCUUUCUCACCAUCGCGUACGCAGCCACAAUCCAGCAAAAGAACAUCCCCGUGGAGAUCCGGUACGAUGAUGGGGUGCAAAUCACCCCUAAGGAGCGGCGGGAAGUUGCUCAAGAAGUUGAUAAGGAAGAGCUCGCUGUUAAAAAUUUGGACGCCAAGGUUCAGCUAUCUCCGGAAGAACUUUCAGAGUCUCUGAAGCAUCUGCCAAUCCAGGAAGAAGUUAUGGAAGGAGGAAAUCACGUGGGAGCUACAGAAGAAGUUGCUGAAGAAGUGCUUGCUGUUGAAAAUUUAGACGCCAAGGUUCAGCUUUCUCCUGAGGAACUCGCAGAGUCUUUGAAGCAUUUGCCCGUCCAAGAAGAAGUAUUGGCACAAGAAACUCCAGAACAACCAGCUGAUGGGCCCCAAGUCACGAAUUCACAGUUGAAAGGGGUGUUACAAGAUAUUCUUGAGGAGGGAGCCAAAGAAGACUCACAUACACAGACUGAUGGUAGAGAAUCUGCAGGAGCUAUAGGAACAAAAGCUUCAACCUCCUCUUUGGAGAGAAAGCUCCAGCAUCUCCGAGAUAUUGUCGUCACAGAGCUCCGGGCACUCAGAGAAAGCAUCCAGCCGAAAAAGGGUCAACUGAUCCCCAAGCCUGAACAAUGGGACGAACUGGAGAAAUCCAUAACCAGAGUAUACGAGGAGCAGAUAAAUAAACUUAUGGCGAAGCAAACUCAGUUGCCCGAGCCUACUGGUGGAGAACCUGGACCUGCACCUACGCCUGGACCAUCACAACCCCCUGCUGCUCCAGCUGGUGGUCCCAGCACAAUUUUUCAGAAUUUCAUCAACGGGGUGAACGGGGUGAUGCAGAAUUUUAUGCAGAAUAUCCAACAGGUUGCCAGGCCGCCUGCUGCUCAAGGGGACGAAGGAACAGGCCAACCUGCUAACUCUGGAGGGUUUGUAGGAUUUAUUCAACAGGGCUUCACAAAUAUCAUGAACAUCUUAACCAACGGAGGACAAGUCCAAGGAGGUCCGUCGACAUCAAGCACUGUGUUGGGAGACACUGGCACCCCAGUUCAAUCUUCCAAUCCGUCUGGAAAUCCCUUUACAAACUUCUUUGGCGGGGUGGUGAACAACGUUCAAAACUUUCUGGGAAUACAGUCCGGUGGUGCCCCAAACACAGGAGCAGUUCCAGGAGUACAAGGAGACACAGGUGUUAGUCCACCCAAUCAGCAAAGACCUGCAGCUCAAAUAGUUAACUCAAUAGGCAAUACAAUAAAUUCCUUCUUUCAAGGAAGACCACCAACCUCCACCAGCGAUUCGGCAGCAUCACCGCCCGCAGGAAACGGGACAGGCAACAUUUUCUCGACCAUUGGUAAUGCCAUCCAGAACAGCCCAUUGAAUGUAUUCAGGCCACAAAAUGGAGGACAAACUGGUUCAAACCCAAUUCAAUCAGGCAUACAAUCUGCAGGAAACCAGAUCCAACAAGCAGUUUCAGGCAUUCAAGGACAAUUGGGCUCUCUUCCUGGUUCUAGUCCUGCAGAAGGAUCGUCUCCAGCUCCACCAGUUGUUGAGUUACCAGAUGGACAGAGGAAACCCGUAGCAGAAAGCAGUAUCCAAACGAAAAAACCCGUAAAAGUAGAGAACGACAAUGAAAUUGUACAGAAGGUGGAGCAAAAGGAGGAAAUUUUGACGACAAUUGAAUGAACUAUUAUAUUUUAUAAUUUGAGUGAACUGUAAUGCGUAUAGUCUGAUAUGUAUUUAUUUAAAUUAUUCUGGAGAUAAAGUGAAAUCCAAGAUUCA